GUUCAAAGGUUACCGAAGAGAAAGGAGGUGCACAGAUCUACACACCGAUCACAAAGAGAAGGAAACAUAGAGAGAGAGAGAGACGCAAGAAGGGGGAGAGAAGGAGAGAGAAUUCAGGGGAAGACAAGGACAUCAUGGUUUCAAUCACGGAGACUCAGAAGAUUGGUGUUGGUCUCACAGGCUUUGGCCUCUUCUUCCUGCUCUUUGGCGUGCUGCUGUACUUUGACUCUGUCUUGCUGGCGUUUGGGAAUGUUCUGUUUCUGACUGGUCUGACGUUCAUCAUUGGCCUGAGGAGGUCGGCCGGUUUCUUCUUCCAGAGACAGAAGCUCAGAGGCUCCACCUUCUUCCUGGGGGGCGUGGCCUUGGUGCUGUUCCGCUGGCCAAUCAUCGGUAUGGCCGUGGAGAGCUAUGGCUUCGUGCUCCUGUUCAGGUCAUUCUUCCCUGUGGCGUGUGGAUUCAUUUUAUCGUUGGUGAAUAUACCCUAUCUCAAUGUGUUUUACAACAGCUUCCUAGGAAGUAGCCCUUCUAUUGUCUGAGAAAAGGGCGAGAGAGAAGCCAAAAAAGAAGAGAGGAGGAAUAGAAGUGAUGGAUGACAAAAGGAGAAGUGUAUUUGGGCUCAGACUGGCUAUAACCUUUGACAGAGACUGAUGGAGCGGGGAGGGGCUUGGAGCCUUCCCCCAUCAACAACCAUGAACCAACCAAUGGACUCUUCUUCUUGAAAUGUUUACAUAAACACGAACCACCACAUGAUGUGUGGCAAUGACGAGCUGCCAUACCCCUAAUGUACAUGGUUGGGAGUAACCGAUUACAUGUAAUCAAUGACUAGCUGCCAUACCCCUAAUGUACAUGGUUGGGAGUAACCGAUUACAUGUAAUCAAUGACUAGCUGCCAUACCCCUAAUGUACAUGGUUGGGAGUAACCGAUUACAUGUAAUCAAUGACUAGCUGCCAUACCCCUAAUGUACAUGGUUGGGAGUAACCGAUUACAUGUAAUCAAUGACUAGCUGCCAUACCCCUAAUGUACAUGGUUGGGAGUAACCGAUUACAUGUAAUCAAUGACUAGCUGCCAUACCCCUAAUGUACAUGGUUGGGAGUAACCGAUUACAUGUAAUCAAUGACUAGCUGCCAUACCCCUAAUGUACAUGGUUGGGAGUAACCGAUUACAUG